AACGAAAACUAUUGAGGAUAUAGAAAUCAUACAUUAAAGGGUAACCUCUUAAUUUUCAUAUAUAAUAACAAUGUCUACAUCACAAUCUAAUCCAGCUCCAGGAGGUUUAAGAAGUGCAGUCAAGAGGAAGACAACUGCUGACAAGAAGGCACAAUCCACUAAUGCUAUGCCAUUAUCCACCAGAUCAGCUGGUGCCGGUGGAUCUUCUUCUACCAUGAUGAAAUUGUUUACUGAUGAAGCCCAAGGUCUUAGAGUUGAUCCUUUGGUUGUCUUGUUUUUGGCUGUUGGUUUCAUCUUUUCCGUUAUUAUCUUACAUGUUUUCGCCAAGAUUACUGGUAAAUUCACUUCUUCAUAAAUCCAUCCCAAUUGAGUUUUAACAAUCAUAAACAUUAACAACUCAGCCUACAAAUGUCAUUGAAAACAAAUGCACCACAAUGAAUAGAAACUAAUAAAUGAGGGUUCUUGGAAAGAAUAAUUCAACACUACAAGAUAUAAAGUCUUGCUUUUAUUUGUGUGUUUUGUGUGUCUCUCUUUUUUUUCUGGUUAAUUUACAUACUUCAUUUUGGUAGCAUUUAGUUUUCUUUAUUUUUGUUAUUGCUUUCUUUACUAUUUGUAUAUUUAAUAUAAAAGGUGUUUUAUAAAUCCUUC